AAGUAAAUUAUGAAAUUUAAAUGUAGUGUGACAUUUAACGCCAAUAGUUAUUUCUGCGAUGCGCUGAUACGGCUUCCGUGACGGCAUAGCUCUGAAACAGUUAGAAAAAUUCCUUGGUUCUAUAAUAGCUAUCAUACUUUCGAUUCAUUUUCUACCAGCGCACGUAAUCUAUUUGUGAUAAAAACGCUUGGUUGAAUUUUUGAUAUUCAGUUUAUACCCUAGAUAUAUUGUCUAAGGGAACCGCCUAGUUAUGAUGAGUAACUGAGAUGAUGACCAACAUUAGAGACGAUUCAAACAUGUCAGCGAACGGACCUCCACGCACCAUCAGUUUUACCAUCAAUAUUCUUCAUCUAUUCUUCACUCUGAACAUCCUAAUUUUUACUGGCAGCACUUACGAAGAUGUCAACACAGACUUAAAACACUCUUACAAAUUUUAUAACACCAACAAUGAUCGAUUAUCUGCAGACAAUAACGAAGUUGAAAAAUCAGAAAAUUUUAACAAUUUCAAGAUGGGAAACGCAUCAGAAAACUAUAAAAGAAACAUUGUCUUCUCGUCCAUUGAGAUAUCAGAGAUCGAGAAUAUAGCAAAGUUGAUGUCAGUUCAGCUCAACGGACAGUUUGAGGACAGAACUAGGUAUUCUAGUCUCUCAGAGGAAAUUAUGAGCAUACCUUUUGAUAUAACUACCGGGGAAGAAACACUGUCAAUGGUCCAAGAGCACGUGGAAAAGACACUGGCUCAGUCCCGGAAAAUGUUGAUCAGUGUACGGAAACAAGCUCAAGAUGCUUUCGAGAUGUUCACACGGGACGACGUGCAGGGUUUCGACUUCGUCAACCAGUUCUCUAAUGUUUCCGCUACAGGUCAACAACCACUGGUAUACCACCCUGACCACAGGUUCGAAAUCCCUGUUAACCUUCAAAACUCCUCGGUAACUCUGCCUCUGGAGGUAUAUUACAACUGGACUGAAGUUAGAAGAACGAUACAGUGGACAAGUAAACUUGACGAAGUGUUCAAGAAGAACCAACGAGGCUCCUCAGCAGGGUAUUUCCAGCACUUCAGUACGCCGGAGGGAGUGAUGAGAUCUUACCCCAAUGUCUACACCCCUCGGGAUGAGUCCUGGACCUUCUAUGACCCUCGUCAGCGAACUUGGUACAGUACAGGCAGUAUGGAACCUAAAAGUAUUGUAUUUCUGGUGGAUGGCAGUGGCAGUAUUUACGGGGAAUCUAACAGACUCCUUAAGGAAACUGUCAAGAACGUGUUACACAGUCUGGUAUCAGAUCUUGAUUAUAUCGACGUGGCUAUGGUCAGAGAGAAUUCGGUGAGCUCGAUGGUAGACUGUGCAGGUGAGAAACCCAGUCUGAGAAGGACAACCCAAGCUACUAAAUCUUAUCUCUCUCACAAGAUUGAGAACGAGGAGUGGUACGGUCUAUCUAAUGUUACGGGAGGGUUCCAGUACGCGUUUGACCUUCUCCAGGAAUACCAACAUAACACGUGCCACAAACUUAUUGUCCUGUUUACUGACUACACUAACGAGGAACUGAUACCUUACAUUGAACAACGAGACGAUGAUUUAGGAGGUGGAACACACGUGGUUAUAUUUACCUUCGGUUAUGAGGGUUGGAUUCGUCAGAACCUGUCAAAGGUAGCAGAACAUUUCGAGGGCUACUCCGUAAAGAUAAACGAUCUGCCUCAAAUAUUCACAGCCGCGCGGGGGAUCACUAACGUGUUCACUAGCAAGGGAGUGAGGGAGAGGGCUUUACAGUUCCCCUUUUCUAACAGCUACCAGGACGGAUACGGUCAGGGGUACAUUGUGACUCUCCUGCUGCCAGUUUUGAGCCGAGGACCACCGCCACCAUUCUUUCCUCAAACCAAGGACGGCAGUUUCUUAGGAGUUGCAGGAAUUGAUCUACCGACCCGAAUAUUCGGGGAGUUUUCGCUUUCCAACCAGCAAGGCUGCUUCACAUUAGCAAUAAACGCUAGAGGGUACGUGGUGUACCACCCCCUGUUCUCGGAGCUGGAGAUGGGUGAAGUAGACGUGAAGUAUCACCAGUUCUCCUACCUAGUAAACAGUCCUGACGAGCUAGCUAUAGAGAACUUUCUCGUCUAUCAAAACUUCACUGGGACCUUGAGAACACAUAGCACCAUACCAGGUUCUAAGUUCCGGUCCCCUUACGUCACUCAAUACACGGUAUUCAUCACCCCUGUGGACCUCUCUGACUUCUCCCUGGCUUUACUCUGCCCCAACGAGCGGCAAAUCACAAAGUGGCCUGAUUCAGAGUUAUUCAGAAAGACCUUAUCGGAUGUACUGAGAAAUGUGGAUCUGAGAACUUUUGAGGAGAAUCAUCACUGUCGAUACAAGAAGCUCCUCCAGCAAAGCAUCCAUCAGAACACUGACCGUACGCUCGGUAACUUUUACCAGUUCAUGAACAAAACCUUUCACACAGAUUGUGCCAACAGCGUGCUGCAGAUUUUAUACGAAGUUUGGAAGUUCAAGAGUAUCAAUCUCGUACACGGCAGUUUUAUUGUCACAGCAUCCGGGAACAGGUACGUGCAGGACGGAAUGAGGCUGAUCAGACAGUCCGGAGAGUACACACAAGGUCUAUACAACUACAUAUCAGCAGUCUCCACCCCCCGGAGCCCCCUGGUAGUGCUGGAGCGGGACGGGACUACCUUUACCAUAGGUCGUGUUGUGGUGCAUCACAGUGGGGUACCUAUGGCUGUUAUUGGGUUCAACAUCUCCGCUUAUAUGCUCGGAGCUACACUACAGCGGGUGAUGGAGAAAACAGACAUCCAGCGUCACAGCACUUAUGUGCUAGACCAGAGUGGGUACAUUGUCUUCAGUAACCGGGCAAGAACUGUGGGCUCUUUCAUCGGCCUGGUUCAACCAUGUGCUCUCAACUUGAUGGAGAAAUACAAAAUAUACGAUUACCAAGAGGAAGGACAAUGUUACCACUUAUGUGAGCGAGAACCAGUAACUGAUGGCGUCACUCCGACCUCAUCGGUUUUACCGGUCUGGGGUUUUCUCCAUCUAGUCUAUCAGGUGACCACCUCCUCCUCCCCCGGUUCCCUACUAACCCUCCUUCUCCUCUCCCUCCUGGACCUAGCCGUCUCCCACGAGAAGCUUCAGUGCUGUAAAUACCAUCUCUUUUACCAGAGAAACGACAGGAUUCCUCAAAGAUCGGAAGUGUUGCAGGAUGGUUGUUUGGAGUACGCUGUGGUGGCUAUUGAACAGACUAAUCUCCUGCUGCUAGUGGUGCCCCAUAAACCCGACUGUCCCUGCACCACACCACCCAUCACACUGGAGCCCCCGGAGCCGACCUUUGCAGGACCCUGUAAUGCCAACGACAAGAACUAUAACAGUAGAUAUGAGUGUAGCGAGGAGAUAGAGCUAGAUCAUGAGGGUCAGAGUGCUGGUAGUAGGACACAAGUGUGCUACCACUCGGUGGUUUUAGCCGUGCUUUUCUUUGGACUUGCUAUAACUUGAAAUUUGCGUUUAGGUAUUUUAUGAUAAAUUUAUUGGUGAUUUUAGAGUAUCAGAAAAAUUUGAUUGAAGCUUGGAAGCAGUGAGCUAUUUCAGAGCUUGAUUUUGAGAAAUCGUGUUACAAACCAUUAACUCAGUAGAUUAUUAGAAAACUUGUUUCUGAAUUUGUUUGCGAUGGGUUCAGAUUUUAAAAUAUAUUCUGUCGGUUAAUACUAAUAAAUGGUUUUGUUAAACAGGUCUUCAUUCUUCAAAAAUAACCCUACCCAUAACCACGACUCUUACCAAAACCCGUAAAGACCCAAUUCGUGAAUUUUACUAGCCUGUCACGUGACCAAAACUGUUUUUUGCCCAUAACUCCUCAGAAAAACAUUUAACCCUACUUCACGGGGGUGUUUCAUAGUCGGCGUCCAGAAGUACAUUUAACGAACUUUCAACCCUCAGUCCUUAGCGCCGGCCUUUCUAUAAGAAUUUUUAAAUCCUUGGCGAGGGAUUUAGCGGGACCAAGAUUGCCUCCUCAGUAUCAAACUCGAUAAACGCUUCCAGUAAGUUUAUUUUUAAGUUAAAUAGUAAUCUUAAAGGUGUAUUUUAAAUUCUGAUAGUAUAUCAGUAAUGCAGAACAAAACUCCGUUUAAAUUUUGAAAUUUAAAUAUACGCAAACCAUUACCAGAUUUAUUAAACUGAACACAUUU